CAGCCCAAUCUCUUGUGCAGCAGUUCGUCUCUCGUUCUCUUCUAUGCGCUCACGGCCCAGACUUCUACUUUGAGACAAACCCCAGCGCUUCUUCUCCACAGCGGAGCGCACAUCACCCUCCUGCCGCUAACCUUCCUCUCUGGCUUCUUUGCCUCCUUCUGUAACUCAGACGCUAACAGUGGCCCAUCGGCCCUUUUUUCCUUGCUUGCAACUCUCCCACAGCGCCAUCGCAACGACCUGCUUACCCUCUUCGGCACAUGCACACAACCAACCCCCGCUAAACCCACGGCCUGUGCUCCCCUUGCCCACCGACCGAUCCCUUCUUUCAGGUGUAAGCCGCUAGCGGGGGCCAAGCACCGGCAUUGCGCCGUGGUGGGCAUGUGCCUUUCGGGGAAGAGCGCUCCGAACGCUGGGCCUGCUUGCUUCGCAUUGAGAUGGUAAGAUGGUGGCUCUGCAAUGCAUUGUCAAUCCCACUCGCUCGCCCGUUCGCUAGCAUGUGUCCGCUGGGCCCGGAUGUAUAUAUAAAGUCCGUAGAUCAACCUGUCAGAUGUAUUCCCAUAGCGCCGUGAUAGCUACAGUCCCCCACCAGACUUGAGACCUCACUAUCAGCACGAUGAUGAACAUUGUAGCCACUCUCGCUGGCUUGGCUGCACUUACGGUGCCAGCCCUUGCACUUGACAAGCCUGCUGUUCCUUUGCACUCGUCGUCUCGUUGGAUCCUCGACUCCAACAACAACCGUGUCAAGCUGCGAUGCAUCAACUGGGCCGGCCACAUGGAGGCCAAUGUGCCCGAAGGUCUGCACAAGCAGUCGGUCGACUAUCUCGCUCACUGGAUUGCCGGCGCCGGGUACAACUGUGUGCGUUUGACCUACUCCAUCGACAUGGCACUCAACCAGAACCUUCGUGUUGAGGACUCGUUCCGCCAAGGCGCUGCUGCCGCCAACGCCGAUGUCAACGCCAUGAUGAACCUCUACAACACGGCGGUCCAGAAGAACCCGUUCCUGGCCAAUGCCACCGUAAUUGAGGCGUUUGACGUGGUCCAGUCGAAGCUCUGGGAGAACAACAUCAUGACCAUCCUCGAUAACCACGUCUCCAAGGCCUCGUGGUGCUGCAACCUCGACGACGGCAACGGCUGGUGGAGCGACGCUCCCGGCUAUCUCGAUGCCAACUCGCGCUUCUUUGAUACGAAUAAGUGGCACGAUGGUCUGCGCGCCAUGGCCCAGUGGUCUCUGUCUCGCCCGGGCAUCGUAGGUAUGUCGUUGCGCAACGAGAUGCGCGCACAUGUCACCCAGAUCCCGUCAUCUGGCGACGCCUGGCGUGCCCACAUCCCGCCAGCUGGCAAGCUCGUCCACGACGCCAACCCGAAUGUUCUGGUCAUUGUUGGCGGCCUCAACGGCGGCACUGAUCUAUCGACUGUUUCUCGCCACGGUAUGAUUGAUGCCUCUGGAUGGCCUGGUAAGCACGUUUGGGAAGCCCACAGCUACAGUUAUACCAUUACGACACCCGACUUUGGCAGCUGCGGUAUCCGACGCACCGAGUACGGCGGCUUCUUUGGCUUUCUGCUUGUCCAGGGCAAGGAGUACACCGGACCGCUAUUCCUGUCUGAGUUUGGCGUCGGUAUGCAGGGCGGACCUCACGACGGACUCAACGACGACGAUGACCACUACCUCAGCUGCCUGGUAGGCUAUAUGCAGGACAAUGAUGCCGACUGGGCGCACUGGGCGCUGCAGGGUUCGUACUAUGUCCGCGACGGACAGGUCGACAAGGAAGAGACCUGGGGUGCGCUCGAUUAUGCCUGGAAGGAUUGGCGAAACCCAGCCUUCAAGGGCCGCCUUGGCAAGAUGUUUGACAUGACACAGACUCCAUGA